CACAGUUCUUCUCAAAUUUGCGGAGAUUAUCAUGCAUUUUGGCUCAACUGUUUUCGCCAAAAGUAGGGCAUCCGAGCAACGCCUUUCAAUACAUUCACACAGGAAAAACUCCAUCAUGCUUACUUCCCGUUCCAUCAUUUUUGCGCUGCUAAUCUUCCUCACUGGUGCCAAUGCGUGUGUAAAGUGCCCACCCACAGUCUGGUGGGAUGGUGGUUCCAUGUCCCUGUUGAAGACGAUCCCAGGGCCAGUAGCCCAUACCACAUCGUGUCUUUACGCCGAUGUUCAGAAUAGUGGCUCACCAGUGGAGCAGUGUGUGUAUGAGACCGCCACCGGCAAGUUGACAAAAAAGCUUGGGCAUUGUCCGGCUACAGUACCUGUGAAGGCAAACUGCUGAAUGUGAUGUGAAGAGGUGGGGGAGACGAGUCACAAGAUACCCAGGAGGAGCAAUGUUUAUCUGCAGACAGCCGGCUGUACAACAAUACUUCGAUCACUAUACGAGAAUUGCCAAAUACUUAGCUGCAUCCCCUAUUAGAAUUCCCCCAGUACUU